CAGGAGGUGGAGCGUGGUGGCCGGGGGGGACGAGCGGAAAGCGGGGCUGAGCUCUGUGAAUCGAAAAGGCAUCCCAAACGCAGACCUGGCUGCCCACAUGCCGAUCGAAUUUGUUUGCAAAAUCAAAUUUGCCGAGGAGGAUGAGCAGCAGAAAGGCAAGCCGGACGGGGACAAGGAGAGCCUGAUCGAGGAGAGCUGCACGCCUCCGGCGAAGGACCUGGCCGGCUUCGCCAACUCCUGCUCGCUCCACGGGAUUAACCACAUCUUCGUGUCGGGCCGGCUGGGCGUGCGGCAGACGCUGUGGGCGCUGGCCUUCCUGGUGUCGCUGGCGCUCUUCCUCUACCAGGCGGCCAAGUGCGCCAUCUCCUACCUGGAGCACCCGCACGUGACGGCGCUCAACGAGGAGGCCUCGCCGGAGAUGGUCUUCCCCGCCGUGACCAUCUGCAACGUCAACCGCUUCCGCUUCUCCGCGCUCACCGACGCCGACAUCUACCACCUGGCCAACCUGACGGGGCUGCCGCCCAAGAACAAGGACGGCCACAAGCCCACCGAUUUGGAGUACCCGGCGCCGGACAUGCAGGACAUCUUCAACCGCACCGGCCACCAGCUGGACGAGAUGCUCAAGAGCUGCAACUUCAGCGGACAGAACUGCUCCGCCGAAGACUUCAACGUGGUAUAUACAAGAUAUGGCAAGUGCUACACUUUCAAUGGCAACAGGACAACUUCCCGGAAGAGCAAGCAGGGCGGCAUGGGGAACGGGCUGGAGAUCAUGCUGGAUAUCCAGCAGGAUGAGUACCUGCCAAUUUGGAAGGAAACAAACGAGACGUCGUUAGAGGCGGGGAUUCGCGUGCAGAUCCACAGCCAGGACGAGCCUCCCUACAUCCACCAGCUGGGCUUUGGCGUCUCUCCGGGAUUCCAGACCUUUGUUUCAUGUCAGGAACAAAGGCUGACCUACCUGCCCCAGCCGUGGGGGAACUGCCGCUCCACCAUGGACCAGAUGAUCCCGGGCUAUGACACCUACAGCAUCAGCGCCUGCCGCCUGAGCUGCGAGAGCCUGGCCGUCGUCAAGGAGUGCAACUGCCGCAUGGUGCACAUGCCCGGAACUGCCGAUAUCUGCACGCCCAACAGCAUCAAGUGUGUUGACAAAGCGCUCGCCCUCCUGCAGAAGAGCUCCGGGGACACCUGCCCCUGCGAGACGCCCUGCAACCUGACGCGCUACGGCAAGGAGCUCUCCAUGGUCAAGAUCCCCAGCCGCGGCUCUGCACGCUACCUGGCCAGGAAACACGACAAGACGGAGGAGUACAUCAGAGAUAACUUUCUUGUGCUGGACAUAUUCUUUGAGGCGCUCAACUACGAGACAAUAGAGCAGAAGAAAGCUUACGAUGUCGCUGGUCUGUUAGGUGACAUUGGUGGGCAGAUGGGCCUGUUCAUUGGCGCCAGCAUCCUCACAGUCUUAGAGAUACUGGACUACCUUUAUGAGGUGAUUAAGCACAGACUGCAGCGGCUCGCCAGGCCCCCGAAGGAGGAGAAGAAGACGACAACGACAACGACAACGACAACAACAACAACGACAUCAACGCCAAAGCCCAGCACAGUUGCAACAGUGGGCCUGGAGGAGACAAAACCUAAGGAGAGUACUGAAAUGACCAGAAGGCAUCCGGAAGGGGCUUACGCCAACACACUGCUCCCCAACCACCACCACCAUCACACACACCAUGGCGUGUUCGAGGACUUUGCCUGUUAGUUGCAGUUGCCUGCAGUUCCAACCCUGAUGACGACAACAACAAAAAAACGGUCAGGUUCAACGCUGCACUCGGGCGCAUAUACAAUAGACCCUUGAGUCUCCGUUCCACCUUCCCUGCGGUCAUCAGUGAAAGCUACAGCCAAAGCCGAACCCCAAACCUGUGCGUGUGAACUGGUACAGGCACAGACUGGACACCACAGAGUGGUCCUGCUGGAGACUCAUGCAUCUUUUUUCCCCUCUUCUGGCCUGAACGUCAAUUUCUCUGACACCUUCUCAUUUUCUAUUCCUGAUUCUUUUGGAACAUGUCCAUCGCGUGAAGGCAAGACGACAUCAACUGCAUGUCAUCUAGAUCCCGUUUCUACUCCGACCGGUAGCCUGUUCCAGCCAUCGUGUCAUGUCUGACUGCAAACGAUUGGUCCACCCUCAUGGAGUUCUCAUGCCGCGCAUUACCUCAUAGCCAAACAAAGGCUAUGGUUUUAAAAUAUUGAUUUGAAUGAUUUCUCAUUUGUAUAGAGAAUGAACAAGGCCACUGUGGAACACAAGCCCAAUGCCUGCUGACCAGAAUGUUCCAAUAAUGUUUUAGAAGCAGGGGAGGCUGUUCUGCAGAUGCAACUGCAGCUCUGUCUCAAAAUAGAGCUAGGUGUUU